CCCACCCUGCAGAUGAGAAAACAGGCCUACAAAGGUUGAAUGGGGUCCUAGUAGAGCAGGAAUUCCAACCUGGUUAGUCUGACUCCAAAGUGAAGGAUAAGUGGAAGCUUUCUGUGUCAGGGGCUGGAAGGGCAUUCCAGGUAGAGAAACAGCCUGUGCGCCCAGGUGGAGUCAGGGUGUGUACAGGUCAGGGGUGGUGAGCAUCUUGUCAGCUGCUUGGGGUGCUCUCCAGCUGUUCUCUCUGUACUGAACUGGCCAGAAAGUUGAGGCUCACAGCGCAGGUUCCAGGCCAGACCCUGCUCUCCUGGCUUAAGCAACUCACCUCCCCUCUCUGGGUCUUGAGUUUCUCUCUAGGAAAUUCCAAACCCUCUCCUCCCUCACGGCUGUACAGGGCUGGGUAGAGCUGGUAAACUGCUCACCCACCAUCUAUAUGGGGACACUUGGGCCUGGCACAGGCUUCCCUUAAUGUCCACAACCUCUUAGAAACCCCAGCCCUCCACAGCUAAGGCUAAGUACCAGGUGAGGGCUUGACAUUGAAGGAAGGACUUGUGCACGAAUCGCACCUACACUGACACACAUGUGCAGGGAAGGCCCUCAUAGUCACCUCCCCUCUCAUCAGGGCACUUGCAAACACCCGCACACUGGAGCUGCCAGCACGGGGGAGGGGGUGGCAGGGCAGGUGCCCUUCAGGCUCAGGGACUCAGCUUGCUGCAGAUGCCAGGGGUUAUUUUAAGCCUGGAUCAAUGGACAAUCUUUGGUGACACAGGCUGGGGGUGGAGUGGGCCGAACAGGUAAUAAGUAGGUGCCUUGGAGCCUUGCUGUGGUGGUGAGAGACCCUCAGGUCCAGGCAAGGGGUCAUGUAUCAGCAGGGCGGCACCAUUCCUAUAUCCCCUUAUGCAGAACUUGGCCAGUCAGCUGGGCUCUGUUUUUGCAUUUGCCCUCUCUUGCCCCCUCUCCCCCCCAAGGCCAGGAGUACACAAGGAGAGGGGGUAUUGAGUGACUGGCACAGACUUGGUAGAGGCGAGUCCCCCUGGUUCCUAGUUGACUACUGAAUCAAACUGGGAUUUGGAGAAGCCCCGUGCAUGUGGUAGGGGGAUUGGAGGUCGGACAUCAGCCUCUGGGAGUGGGACUGGAGCUAGAAUCCAACUCAUUCAUUGGACAAAUGGCUGGCUGUCAUGAGGGACAUGUAUGUGCAGGACCUGAUGGGAGUCACCAUUGGGUCUAAGCUGAGUAGAGUGCCCAGUGCCAGGACAGCUGGGGCCCAGGAGAGGCCAUAACCCAGGGAAAAAUCUUAGAGGACUUGCUCUGAACCCAGUAGAGUCACCCUACCUAGGAAUAGGGCACAGCUUCAAGGGGGCAGAGAUGGGUACCCAAAAUGGGUGGGAAAGGUGAGGAGAAGCAGCUACCCUCAGGGCAUGCAACCUGGAGGGCAGCUUGGUAGCAGGUGGUGCCACUGAUCACUGCUAGUAAUGACCCUAAGGAAGCAAGAAAGGAUGCUCCAAAAAGGAUAAUUAUCAGUUUCUGAGAAGAAUGACAAACUAAAAGUUUAAGGACAGCAAAAAGUAAACUAAAAUCCAGUUACAAAACAGCAUGUUAAUUGUGACAUAGUUUAGUGUGGUGUCUCUGGUGAUGGGAUUAAAGCAAUUUCAUUUAACUCCUUUGCUCAUCUAUUUUUUUUCCUCCAAAAACUGUAAUAAGCAGUAUUUUAAUGGGGGAAGGGAGGGUCUUCUAGGUUGGAUGGGAAGUGUGGGUGUGGAGGAGGGCAGGCGGUCUCCAGCCAGGUCAUGAGGAGACACCCUGAGGGGGCAGGGUAUUGCUGGGAGGCCAUUCCCUCUUCCUGUCUUAGCCCACUAAUACCUGAAAUUAGCCUGUCAGCCCCUCAUGGCAGGACAGGACUUGAUCCUUCUUAAAAUGUAAAUCCUUCCUCUUCUUCCUCCCUCACAUCCUCCACUUUUGUAAGCUAAUCGCAGUUGCUGAGUGAUGGGGGAAGGAAGGAGGAAAAGAAAGGGAACAGGAAGGACCCUAAGAGCCAGAAUACUUCAGCUUACAGAAAGGAGAGACUGGAGCCAUUUCCUCCCUCCCUCCCUUCUAGUAUUGACCCAAGCCUGAGCCGUGCAGGGACACGAGUGAACCGAACGCCCAGUUUUUGCCCUCCUGGUGUUCCCAUCUGGACAGUGAUAAGUUCCACAUUGACCCUGGCCUCCUGGAGGAGGCAGAUUAUGACUCUCCAGAAAGAGUCCCACUAUGUUGCCCUCGGUAGAGUGCUGUGGCAUCAUAGCUCACAGCUACCUCCAACUCUUGGGCUCAAGCAAAUCUCUUGCCUCAGCCUUUGGAGUAGCUGGGACUACAGGCUCCUGCUACCACCCCCGGCUACUUUUAGAGAUGGGGGGUCUCACUUUGGCUCAGGCUGGUCUGGAACCUGUGAGCUCAGGGCAAUCCACCCGCCUCAGCCUCCCAGAGUGCUAGGAUUACAGGCGUGAGCCACUGGGCCUGGCCUCCAAAAAGUUUUGAUGUUAGAUGAGAAACUGAGGCAGGGAGAAACAAGGACCCUGUGGCACCGUCACAUUCUUUAAACUUAACGCGGAAAAACGUAACUGAGACGUGCAGCGGUUCAGGUCCGGGCUUUUUACCGGUCCCCCUCCCUCCCCUCGCCCUAGACUGUGGAAGGACCGGCGGGUCCUGCGGGGUCGGGUCGUGGUGGAGGUCCGUGCCCGGCCCGGGGCUAGCCCAGUCUCCUCCUGUCACACCUGGGGAGGGGAGCAGCUCACUGGAGGAUGCUAGCUAAGCCAUGCCCAUCGCCACCGGGACGGAGAUAUCCGGGACCAGCGUUCGUGAGGUUCUGGAACCCAGGCUCACGACCCGGACUUGCCCCUGAGCAGCGGCGCUGCUGGCGGUUUCCUUUCCAUUUGACAGGUGGGAAAAUCGGGGCGAAGAGGGGGGAAGGGGCCCGCCUCACAUCAUGACCAGAAAGAACAACAGGGCCGGAAAGGAGACAGGAGGGUGGCACUGACCGUCCCACGGAUAUUCGGAGCAGCUCUGACCUCCGCGAACCGAUCGGUCCCCGCACCUGUAAAACAGGGACGCUCCAGGCGCGGACUCUAUGUCCGAGGUAACAGACCGGGUGGCCUUAAGCAGGUCCUCCACGAGCGCCCUGUUGUGAGGACUGGCUUGGAGAGGACCUCCGGGAGGGUCCACGGUGGGGCGCCCUGCAGCUCGGGCCCGGUCGCGCCCCCUCCCGCCCUGGAGGCCGCGCUCCUCCCCCGCUCGCCGCCCGCCCUCCUCUCCUCGCUCCCUCCCCCGCCCGCCCGAGCCCGCGCCGAGCCGGAGCCCGAGCCCGAGCCGGAGCCGGGGCGCGGGCAGCACGGAGCCGGCGGCGGGAAGGCAGCGGUGUCCCCGCGAGGCCCGGGACCCACACAUCCGCCGGCCGGGGAGAAGCUGGGACCGCGCGCAAGCCACGAUCCACCGCCCAGCUCUUGGGGCAGCCAGGGGCACUGAUCGGCCGGCCCGGGUCCGAGGUGCACCCUGGCGGAGGACGCGCCCACCGGAGGGGCGGCCUCCCGAGCUCCAGACCGAGCCCACCCGGGGCUGGGGUCCCCAGAGGAGGCCGACGGUCGGGGAGGCGUCCGCUGGGGCCAGCGUCGCGGCGCCGGGACCCGCGCGAUCCCUGAAGGGGCGGAGGAGCAGGCCCGGAGGGGGCCGCGGCGCUGGGCCAUGCACUGGGCGCAGUAGCAGAAGUCAGCACGGAUGGCAGGGCCCGGGGCGCGGGGGCUGCGCGGCGGCCACCAUCCGCCUGGGCUCCGGCUGACACUCGCACUCCGGCUGGUGCUGCUGCUGGCAUGGCCACCGUCGGGCCGAGCUGGGGCUCCCGAGGCUCAGGGGCCCGCGGCACCUGGCACGGCAGCCCCGGUCGGGGGCGACCGCUGCCGCGGCUACUACGACGUGAUGGGCCAAUGGGACCCGCCCUUCAACUGCAGCUCGGGAGCCUACAGCUUCUGCUGCGGCACGUGCGGUUACCGCUUCUGCUGCCACGACGGGCCGAGGCGCCUCGACCAGAGCCGCUGCUCCAACUACGACACGCCAGCCUGGGUGCAGACCGGCCGCCCGCCAGCCCGCACCCGCGACGCCGCCGCGCCCCGGGACCCCAGCCGCGAGCGCAGCCACACGGCGGUCUACGCGGUGUGCGGCGUCGCCGCGCUGCUGGUGCUGGCAGGCAUCGGGGCGCGCCUGGGCCUGGAGAGGGCGCACAGCCCGCGCGCGCGUCGCACGGUGACCAGGACACUGACAGAACUUUUGAAGCAGCCAGGCCUCCAGGAACCCCUGCCUCCACCUCUGGGUCCGAACCUGGGUAGCUGUAUCCAGGUGCAGAUGGGGGAUGGCCUUCCAGAGGGCUCCUCCCAUGGCAGCACAGAUAAGAAACACCUCAACAACGGGCCCCUGGGGUCGGCUACACCUGGACCCCCGCGCAGACCCCGGCUGCAGGGCAGCAGCAGCAGGACGCUGCAGCCAGACUAUGCCAAGUAUGCCACCCUCAAGGCCGCUGCGUUCAAGGCGGCAGAGGCGGCCCCGAAGGACUUCUAUCAGCGCUUCCCUGCCUCAGAGCCCGCUACGCGACCCCCACGGCCUCCUGAGAACCUACCUGAGCUGCUGGACAUCUGCCCCUGGGCCCCGCCGGGCUAUGGCCCCCAUGCUGGCCUCGCUGCCUCGGGCCAGUAUGCAGCCUGGAACGCCCGUCGCCCGGCCCGACCCGUCCCCCGCAGCCACCAAGCGUCGCAAGUGUCCCCACCUCGACGUCCUGCCCAUGCGCCCCGGCGCCAGCUGAGCGUGGAGAAGCUCCCCAAGGCCUUCAGCCCCCAGCCCCCUGAUCUCUAUGGCAGCACCGGCCGCGGGCCUCGGCAGCUGAGCACCAACAGCAAAGCUGAGGUCACCGUGUGACAUGGAGUCCGUGCAGGGAGAGGGGUCCAGCUGGGAAGGCCAGCUCUUCCUUCUGCACCAACUGGACAGGGCCUUGAUUCUUGGUGUAAAUAAACCCUGUUCUGUGGUUCCCACUCCUGAGAAUAAAGGAGCCCCAGCGUGUCUGAGACAGGCA